AUGCUUAAGAACAGCAAGGUGACCCUGGGACUCCCUCACAGUGAUCCAGUCACUGAGUCAGUGGCGGACCUCCUGACCCUGGCUGAGCCCCUGGACUAUAAGAGCAGCCGGAUGAGUAUGGGUCUCAGCCCCGGGGCCCAGCCGGCCAUGGGCAAGGGCCUGCUACCUUCUCCAGGGGACGAGGAGGGGAGGCCGGCCUGGAACAGCAAGCUGCAGUACAUCCUGGCCCAGGUUGGCUUUUCUGUAGGCCUGGGCAACGUCUGGAGGUUCCCUUACCUGUGUCAGAAGAAUGGAGGAGGUGCGUACCUGGUCCCUUACUUAAUCCUCCUCAUUCUCAUUGGGAUCCCUCUGUUCUUUCUGGAGCUGGCGGUGGGCCAGAGGAUCCGGCGUGGGAGUAUUGGAGUGUGGAACUAUGUUUACCCUCAGCUAGGAGGCAUCGGUGUCUCCAGUCUAAUGGUGUGUGGCUUCGUGGGCCUGUACUACAACGUGAUUAUCGGCUGGAGUAUCUUCUACUUCUUCCAGUCCUUCCAGUACCCGCUGCCCUGGGCAGAGUGCCCCAUCAGGGUGGGCAACGGGAGCCAAGCCAUAAUCGAACCGGAGUGUGAAAAGUCUUCUGCCACCACCUACUUCUGGUACCGGCAGACCUUGAACAUCACCAGCACCAUCGAGGACAGCGGAGGCCUCAACUGGAAGAUGACCCUGUCCCUGUUCGCCGCCUGGCUCAUCGUCUGUCUGGCAGUGAUCAAGGGUAUUCAGUCAUCUGGGAAGGUGAUGUACUUCAGCUCUCUCUUCCCCUACGUGGUGUUGAUCUGUUUCCUCGUCAGAGGCCUGAUGCUCAAAGGAUCUGUUGACGGCAUCGCUCACAUGUUCACCCCAAAGUUGGAGAAGAUGCUGGAGCCCCAGGUUUGGAGGGAGGCAGCCACCCAGGUGUUCUUCGCUCUGGGCCUUGGGUUCGGAGGGGUCAUAGCCUUCUCCAGCUACAACAAGCGGGACAACAACUGUCACUUUGACGCAGCGCUGGUCUCUAUCAUCAACUUCAUCACCUCCAUCCUGGCUACGCUGGUGGUGUUCGCCGUGCUGGGGUUCAAGGCCAACAUCAUGAACGAGAAAUGUGUUGUGGAGAAUGCAGAGAAGAUCCUAGGUUACCUUAAGUCAGGUGUGUUGAGUCUUGAGCUGAUCCCUCCCCACGUCAACUUCUCUCACCUGUCAGCUGUGGACUAUCAGGAGAUGUAUGGAGUGAUCAAGACGGUCAGGGAGGACAGCUUCGAUCAGCUAGGACUGGACCCCUGUUUACUGGAGGACGAACUCAACAAGGCAGUGCAGGGUACAGGCCUGGCCUUCAUUGCCUUCACUGAGGCCAUGACCCACUUCCCUGCCUCUCCCUUCUGGUCUGUCAUGUUCUUCUUCAUGCUGAUUAACCUGGGGCUGGGGUCCAUGAUCGGCACCAUGACAGGGAUCACCACACCUGUACUGGACGCUUUCCCCAAGAUACGCAAGGAGUUCCUCUGUGUUGGUUGUUGCAUUGUGGCGUUCUUCUGCGGCCUGCUGUUCGUCCAGCGCUCCGGGAACUACUUUGUGACCAUGUUUGAUGACUACUCAGCUGGCCUGCCUCUCACUGUGGUGGUUAUACUGGAGAAUAUAUCUGUGGCCUGGAUCUACGGCACCAAGAGGUUCAUGCAGGAUCUAGAGGACAUGUUGGGUUUCAGACCCUACUCUUUCUAUUUCUAUAUGUGGAAGUACGUGUCUCCUGCCUGUCUCAUCGUGCUCAUCAUUGCCACUGUGAUAGAGAUGGCCAUCAGUCCUGCAGGGUACAAUGCCUGGGUGGAGGAACUGGCGUCGGAGAAGUUCCUCUCCUACCCUCCGUGGGCUCUGGGAGUGGCCUACUCCCUCAUCAUCGCUGCCAUGCUUCCUCUCCCCUGCGUCUUCAUCGCCCGCCACUUCAACCUGGUCUCUGACGGCUCCAACAAGCUGUCCGUCUCCUACCGUAAAGGCAUGACCAAGGACCUCUCUGGCCUAGAGGAGGAGAACGAGUCCCGCUUCAUCCUCAGUAAAGGCACCCCCAGCCCCAGCCCCUCGCCCAUGCCCUCUCACCGCCCCUACCUGGGGCCAGGCGGAGCCCAGGAGAUGACCAAUACAGCUGGAUAUGGUACCGGGACACCGACCAAGACGGGUUAUCAGAAUAUUAAUUCGCCAGAGUCCGAACUAUGA